ACUUUCACCUUCAACUUCAGCAGAAUCAGUACGGGAGAGUAGUUUCUCUUCCGUUUCAGUUUCAGUUAUUUCUAUCUCCGUGUGCUUGUAGAGUUCCUUUAUGCGCGUUAUCUGUUCUUCAAUUUUUGUCCUGAGCACCCCCCUCGAUUAAACGUCGAGGAAAACGAAAUCGGGCUCCCUCACUGUGUGGGCUUCCUCACUACAGAACGCAAAAGCUUCGAGAACGACGAAGGAGGGUCCAAAUUUUGUCACUGAUGAUAGACUUAGAAGCUACCAAAAAGUAUAGACCGUCGAAGACAACGAGAGAGAGAAGAUGCUGGACUGGAAUCCUAGAAUGGCGCGAAACGCGAAACCUACUUGUCUCCCUCCCCUGUCAGUCUUUCAUUUGUAGAUGACGUCAUCAAUAGAGACGUGCUUGCCAACAAAACACAACAUGGCGGACAAGGGUAGCGAUUGUCAAAAUAACGCUUGUGAAAAAGAACCACAGAUCAGGAAAAAUAAGGCGAAAGGCCCGGAAAAAGAUCUUCAAGCGAUUUUCAUGAAACUCAGAGUAGAUAGUGGACCUAAAAGACUUCGUAGGAAAACCUGUCUGGGUGUUCCUGGUAGUUUGAGAAGCAGAAACAUUGGUGGAAUACAGAAUGCGAGAAAGAUCCUCAGGGAGCCAACAUUUGUCUACAAGAAUCAACAAGCUUUCUUUGAUGUCUACAAGAAACAACAAGCUUGUGGUUUCAGAAGAAGAAGACAUAAAGCUGGUGUUAGCCUAAGAAAGAAAGGAUGUAGAGAAGACCAAAGAGAGUCACAUAGUGACAGUGAACUUGAAUGCAAGAAAUCUCUUUUGGCAAAGAGUGUGUGGAAUUCAAGCAAAGAAGGCAAAGUUGUACCUAAGUCUUUUCUAUCAAGGGAAAUGGCUGCAGUUGAUUGCAGUAGACAACACAGAAGAUUUCAGGGUGCAAAUGUCCAAAGACACGCAAGAAUGAACUUUGAUGACACAACGCCUGAAGAGUUGGCGGCAUAUUUUGAUCAGUUGCUUUAUUUUCCGAAGCCUAUGUCAGCUAUGGCUGAAAUGAUGUACACAUAGUUGGGUAGUAUUACAUGUAGUACAUGUAAUAUUUAAAGUCUUUGGUGCUUUGAGAAAUUGGGUAAUUUUGAAUUAUCUUUAAAAUGUUUGCCCUUUGUUUAUUGUAAAUAGGUCUUCUAAAUAGAAUUUCCUUCAGUUGAUUUUUCUGUCAACUUUUGAUCUUUAAUUUUCUGAAGUUAUAUAAUAAACAUUAAUUGGUAGCACAA